AUGAUGCUACUAUUCAAACCAUCUUCGACCCUUGCAAAAAGGUCUAAACCACGUCCAUACCAAAGCUUCUCCGAGUCUCUUCUAAUCGAUAGUAUUGAAGCAACAGAAAAUCUCACACGAAAAUGGAUUUCUCCUGAUCUCUCUCCUUCUUCUUCUUCUUGCUCCCUCUCCUCAAUUUUCUCAACCGAUAAUCGCCUCGAAGGAAGAAGAUUUGUAGAAGUUAUCAGCAGCCUACAAUACGCGAUCCAAGGCGUAAUGCUGGUGAAUCCCGAGUCCCACAAGCUCACUAGAGCCCAUAAUCUAGUCACCAUCGCAAUGAAACACUUGGAGAAGGAGUUUUAUCGAAUCUUGAAGUCGAACCGACGGAAUCUUGAUCCAGAAUCCGUCUCCGUUCGAUCUUCAAGAUCAUUCAACCCGAGGCAACAAGUCUCCAUUUACUCCAACGUUCCCAAAUCCGAAGACGCAGAUGUCAUGACCGAUCUGAAAAUGAUCGCUGAUUGCAUGAUAUCUUCAGGUUACGAAAACGAAUGCGUCAAGAUUUACAAGAAGAUUAGAAGAUCGAUCAUCGUCGAAUCUUUGAGCAAACUAGGGUUCGAGAAUCUAAGUUUCGGCAAGAUUCAGAAACUUGAAUGGGAGAGUAUGGAGAAGAACAUAAAAAACUGGCUAGAAGCUACCAAGAUCGUGAUCGCUAACUUGUUCGACGGAGAAAGAAUCCUCUGCGACCACGUUUUCUCGAGUUACGUCUCCAUCGCAGAAUCUUGCUUCUCCGAUAUCACGCUCGAUAGUGCUUUGACUCUCUUCAUCUUCCCCGUGAGCGUCGCGAGAUGCCGGAAAACCGUCGAGAAAAUCUUCUCCACGCUCGACGUUUACCAAACGAUCUCUAAGCUUCUUCCACAAAUCGAGGAGAUCUUUAGCUACGACUCAACCUCAGCCGUCAGAUUACAAGCUGCCGAUUCUUUGAACAGCUUAGCCGGAGCGAUUAACUCAAUGGUCGCCGAGUUCGAAGCUUCGAUCACUAAAGAAUCUUCGAAAUCGUCGAUCCCUGGAGGUGGAGUUCAUCAGCUAACGAGAUAUGUGAUGAACUUUGUCGUCUUCCUCGCUGAUUACAACGAAUCUCUCGCCGGAGUUCUCACAGAGUCGACGUUACCGUUGCCGGAAGAUUACGCAGGCGAGUUAGGAUCUUUAUCUUCUUCUUCUUCUCCGGUGACCACAAGAUUCGCGUGGCUGAUACUAGUCUUGCUCUGUAAAAUCGACACCAAAUCUAGGGUUUACAAUGACGUGGCUCUCACGUAUCUGUUCUUAGCCAACAAUCUCCAUUACGUGAUCUCCAAGGUUCGAACGUCGAACCUUAGAGUCGUGCUUGGAGACGAGUGGGUGGCGAGUCACGAAGGGAGAGUGAGUCAGUACCUUGACAAGUACGAGAGAAUCGCAUGGGGAGAGGUGAUGACGUCACUCUCCGACGAGGAGGCUGUGAUGGAAGAAAACGUUGCAAAAGAGCGGUUGAAGCGGUUCAAUGAAGCGUUAGAGGAGGCGUUUCGGAAGCAGAGCGAUUGGGUGGUUCCAGAUUCGAAAAUGAGAGAGGAUUUGAGAGAUUCCGUGGCGAAGAAGUUAACUUGUGUUGCGUCGUCGUUUUAUGAAAAGCACCACGUGGAGACUUGGGAGGAUGUUGUCAGAUUCGUCCCUGAAGGUUUGGGUAAUUACCUUUCUGAUCUCUUUCUAGGUACGGGAGGAUCUUGUAGUAUUGUUCCUUCUUCACUCAAAUCUUCAGAAUCAGGACGUUCACUUUCAGAAUCGGGACGGUGA